GGCAGCGACGUUUGUGGUGUGGCAUGCAACAUGGCAGCAACUGUGGUGCAAGACGAAAAGCCGUGCUGUGUCUUACCGGGUCCCGAACUGUUGGCCAUACCCGGCUUUGACUAUCAGCGGGCGAGCAUCACAUCAGCAGCUCUGAGUGAUGUGCCCAGUGAUGUGAUUAUUAAAUCUCGGAUUAGAUACGGCAGUCGGCUGUCCGCUUGCAAAGGACUCUUGCUGGAGUACUCCAAGAGCACCACAAUACACGGCAUCCGUUACAUUUUCGAGGUGCAUCGCCCCAUCUAUGAGAAAUUGUAUUGGCUGGUUUUGACAUGCACUUCGGUGUACUUUGCGGUAUCACUCAUUUGGGCCACUUACUUGAAGUGGCAGGAUUCACCGGUGAUUAUGGGCUUCGAUGAGACUCUGGUGCCGGUGCAUAAGAUUCCCUUUCCCACCAUCACCAUUUGUCCUGAAAUCAAAAUGGAACGCGAUGUCUUUGACUAUGCGAAUAUAUCACAGCGGAUUUGGGAUGACUUUAAGCGAAACAGCGAAUUCUCCAGCGUCGAUGAUGAAGACUUGGAGCGCUUGGCUGCCACGAUGCACAUUUGUGACUCGGAUGUGGCCGCCAGAUUUGCUCCGUUGCUGGCAAAGCUGAGACCUGGAACCCCGUCGCAGGGAGUGUCUGAAACACUUGUGGAACUGAGCAUAUCAAAGAACGUGACGGGUCCAUUUUGCAGAUGGAAUCAACGCUUCUAUUUCUGCGAUAAAAUAUUCGACUUUGUGGCCACGGAUGAGGGCAUCUGCUAUCAGUUCAAUGGACUGCGACCCAAGGAUAUUUAUCGUGACGAGAAGUUUAUCAGCUUCGUUGAUCCAGAUGUGGUUGACUUUCAGAAUUACUUUGACAAGACUUUGCCGAGGCUCAACGAGAUUAGCGGCAACUGGUCCUUGGAUUCGGGAUAUGUCAAUCAGGGAUUGAACUCGUAUCCACAGCGAACGGUUGUGUCGUCGGUGCGUAAUGGAUUCUUUGCCUUUUUGCAGGGUCAGGAGCAUAACUAUGACUACGACUGUCGCAGUUUCAAGCAGGGCUAUAAGGUCUUUCUCAACUCUCCGGAGAGCGUGCCGCUCACCUCCAACAAUUACAUACUGGUUCCCCAUGGUCAUGAAGUCAUGGUUAGCGUGCUGCCCAACUAUGUCGUGUCUACGGACAAUUUGCAUGAAAUUAGCGCCGAAAAGCGUCAGUGUUACUUUGAUGAUGAGCGAUCCCUGCGCUUCUUUCGCAGCUAUUCGCAGAGCAAUUGCCAGACCGAAUGCCUGGCCAACUUUACCAUAUCCAAGUGUGGCUGCGCCAAGUUCUGGAUGCCCAAGCCUUUGGAUGUUCCGGUUUGCGGAGUGAGCGAUAUUGCCUGUUACACUGCCGCACAGGAUGAGUUGAACGCCUUGCUGCAGAAUCAGACCAUUCAGCAGAGCCUAAAUCCCAAUCUCAAGGUCAUGUGCCAUUGUAUGCCCGCCUGCACCUCCCUCGAAUACAACUUUGAGAUAUCGCGAGCUGUCUACAGAGUGGAGAAAACAAUUAAAGCCUUUCGUGAGGUUUACGAGCUCACGGAUGUUAUUGGCUCUCGGUUGACUGUCUACUUCAAGGAGCAUCAGUUUACGGCCAUUAAGCGUACAAUUCUAUUUGGAGUAUCUACUUUAAUAUCCAAUUGUGGCGGCAUCUUUGGCUUGUUUAUGGGCAUCUCUAGCUUGAGUUUUAUUGAACUUGUCUAUUUCUUCUCAAUGCGCAUUUGUGGCAGUUGCAGCCAGCGUCGCAAGCACAAGCAGAUAUUUCCACAGGAUCAAGAGGAACAGGAUAAAGUCAACCUGCAGCCGUAAGGAUAUCGAUUAUCAGCUUAGCUGAAAUGCACUUCUUCGUAGUUGCACUUUAUAAUCAGCCAUAUUGAACAAAAUUGAACAAAACCACACUUAAGGCUUGGAAAUGAAAUACAAAAUUAUUUCAUUCAUUUUUCUGCUGUCCACAAAACUGAAAGAAAACUAAAGAAAUUAUUUAAAGCAUUUAAAUAAAUAUUUUCAAAAGCACA